CACCAAAAAAAUCUUGGGUCCUUCGGCACGUUGUCACUGAGAGGAACUUGACCUCCUUGUCAUCAUAGGUAUUAGUACUGUUGCAGUAGUUAAACAGAGUUUAUUAACAUGAAGUUUAUAAUAUAAAUUGUGCGACCGCGGCUGCCCUCGAUUAAGUUAACAGAAGCUGAAAAUGUCGGUAAAUCGCUGUGUUUACUUAUUGUCGCGCUCUCACAUCCGAUACCGGGUAUGUGCUAGCACAGCUGCUGUAGCAAACAACACUACACUGCAUCCAACAAGAAGGACAUUUGAAAAAUUAUCAAGUAGAUAUUCAUCUUCAGACAGUUCAUCGAGACCCCUUGACACUUCCCUGUUUGUACCGCUCACCGUCAAAAGCCAUGAAGUCGCGGACGGGGCAGUCGGCGAGGAGUUGACGCAACCGCUGGACAGAAGUGAACUUCUGAAGGUACUGAAUAGAUUCUACAAAAGAAAAGAGAUGCAAAAACUUGCUGCUGACCAAGGGCUUGAUGCUCGUCUGUUUCAUCAAGCAUUUGUCAGUUUUAGGAAAUAUGUGCUGGAAUUGAACUCAAUAAAUGCUGACUUGCAUAUUAUUCUUAGUGACAUCUGUUGUGGAGCUGGUCACAUAGAUGACAUUUUCCCAUACUUUAUGAGACAUGCCAAACAGAUCUUUCCUAUGUUGGACUGUAUGGAUGAUUUACGCAAGAUCAGUGACCUACGGGUCCCAGCAAACUGGUAUCCAGAGGCCAGGGCUAUUCAAAGAAAGAUUGUAUUUCAUGCAGGACCCACCAACAGUGGUAAGACCUAUCAUGCCAUCCAGAGAUUCCUAGCAGCCAAGUCUGGAGUUUACUGUGGACCGCUAAAGCUGCUGGCCCAUGAAAUCUAUGAGAAGUGUAAUGAUGCUGGAGUGCCAUGUGAUCUGGUCACAGGGGAAGAGAGAAUAUUUGUUGAUUCAGGAGGAAGACUGUCUGGCCACAUUGCCUCUACCAUAGAGAUGUGCAGUGUCACAACUCCAUAUGAAGUGGCUGUCAUUGAUGAGAUUCAAAUGAUUAAAGAUCCUGCCAGAGGAUGGGCAUGGACGAGAGCUCUUCUUGGUUUGUGUGCUGAGGAGAUCCAUGUGUGUGGAGAAGCUGCAGCAGUUGACUUUGUCACUGAACUCAUGUACACCACUGGUGAAGAGGUUGAGGUACAUAAUUAUAAGAGGCUGACCCCUUUUUCAGUCUCAAACCAUGCUGUGGAAUCGUUGGAUAACCUGAAGCCUGGCGACUGCAUUGUGUGCUUCAGCAAAAAUGACAUCUACUCAAUCAGCCGACAGAUAGAAGUCCGUGGCCAGGAGUGUGCCGUCAUUUAUGGCAGCCUGCCCCCUGGCACCAAGUUGGCCCAAGCAAAAAAGUUUAAUGAUCCAGACGACCCUUGCAAAAUCCUUGUUGCCACAGAUGCAAUUGGAAUGGGGUUGAACCUGAGUAUUAGGAGAAUCAUCUUUAACUCUCUGGUAAAGCCCAGUGUGAAUGAGAAGGGGGAGAGGGAGCUGGACACUAUUUCCACCUCACAGGCGCUGCAGAUCGCUGGCCGAGCAGGACGCUUCAGCUCUGUGUUUAAAGAGGGUGAGGUCACUACUAUGCAAAGGGAUGACUUGCCUGUUUUAAAGGAGAUCUUGGGGAAGCCUGUUGACCCUAUUGAGACAGCAGGAUUACACCCCACAGCAGAGCAGAUAGAGAUGUUUUCCUACCAUCUUCCCCAAGCGACUCUCUCAAACCUCAUUGAUAUAUUUGUGAGUCUUGCACAAGUGGAUGGACUUUACUUUGUGUGCAACAUUGAUGACUUUAAAUUCUUGGCGGAUAUGAUUCAGCAUAUCCCUCUGAAUCUGCGUUCCCGCUAUGUGUUCUGCACGGCUCCCAUUAACAAGAAACAGGCCUUCGUUUGCACAUCCUUUCUCAAGUUUGCCAGACAGUUCAGCAGAGAUGAGCCUCUGACAUUCAACUGGGUGUGUCGACAUGUGAAUUGGCCCCUGGCCCCUCCCAAAAACAUCAAGGACCUUGUUCAUCUGGAGGCUGUCCAUGAUGUGCUAGAUCUUUACCUUUGGCUCAGCUAUCGCUUCAUGGACAUGUUCCCAGAUACUAAUCUCAUCCGUGAUAUUCAAAAGGAACUGGACGGAAUCAUCCAGGUUGGCGUGCGUAACAUCACAAGGCUGAUCCGUGCCACAGAGGAUCAAUCCGCCUCUUCAGAAACCACUACCUCCGUAAGACUUUCUGUUUUAGACACACCUUCACUGAGGAGGGGACGAGGGUCAAAGAAUCAACAAAAAGAGCCCAGGGCGAUGGACUCUUCACUGAGCUCAAGGUUGGUGCGGGACGGACUACUGACAAAAGAACUGUUACAGCAGCUGCAGAGAGAAUGGGUCGGAGAGAAGAGCCAAAAUGGAGAUGACUCCAAUUCAGCAAAUAAAGGGAAAAGAAAGAAAAAGUGAACACUAACCUGAGUAACAUGGACUUGUAUAUACUUUUAAAGGAUCAAGAGAACAGUAUGGCUGUACUGCUGAUGUUUUGAACUUGUAUCUCCAUUUCUGGAGCACUAACUUGCUAUAAAACCGAGUGUCAGAAAGAGCCCUGUAACACCCCCUUUUAGAUUUGACAAUAAAAUUAUAUUGAUAUUUUUAAUGGAUCUCCAUUGCUUAACCAUAGAAAAAUGCAGUUUCUUCCACAAAAUAAUAACCAGAAUCAAAAACACUGAAAAAGAGGUAAUUUCUGACACCAUCAGGUUCCCAUGACCAAAAAAAAACGCAAGGCUGCAGCACAUGACCUACAGUCCACUGUCAGCCCACUGAACCUGUCGUUGAAAACCAAUAAUUUGUGUUUACCCUCUUAUUUACCCUCUUCUAUUUUUAGCAUGGUUAUGCAGUCUGAUGUUAUUUUAGGAACUCUACUCAACCAAUGAAAUACUACAGCUGAUAUGUGGAUUGAUUUCGUCAUUGUUCACCUUACUGCAACAGCCUUGUACAGUUGAGGGUAGUGUCCUGCUCAGUUUUAAAAAAAUCAAUGCAAAUCAGAACUUGUCAUAUGUUACAGGAUAAAUUUAAUGGUACUGUCUACUAAAGCUGCACGAUUAAUCGAUAAAAGAUCGCAAUCUCGAUUCAAACACCCAUGCGAUCUUGUUUCUAAAUGUCAACGAUUUGUCUGUCUGUUAAACCUUUGAUAGUCAUAUUGAAACAUUCAAAUCUGUUGGCGCUGCCGCGGAGUUAUCAUGCACACAGUAUCGUUUCUGUCUUACAAUCAUUAAUAUUAUCACAGAAGAACUAAUAAAAGAUAAAAAUGUAUAGUUCGGAUAUAAACGAUCAAAAUGGAGCAAAUCAUAGUAAUUUUCACUUUAAAUUGACACUUCAAAUAACGUUUGUUGUUUACGGUGUUGAUUACAUUGUUUCACCAAUAGGUGCAAACUGACUGUUAAAAACAUUAUUCAAGAGAUUAGUUCAAAAAUGCUGAUUCAUUCAGUAAUGGAACAAGUGAUUUAUUUAUGAGUGAGCCAUUGGAAUCAUUCAUCUCUAUUUGAAUCAAAAAAAAUUGUCAUUCUCAAUUUAUCCAGAAUCAUGCAGCAC